UCAAAAGAUGUAUAAAUUUAUAAACCAUUAAAUUAUUAUAAAAUAUAUAUAAAUUAAAUUUACUUAAUUUCUUACAUAAAAAUUAGUCGCACAAUGCUAUUUUGUAAAAUUUUUCUAAGUAUUUAUUUUUGCAUUUCGUUCACGUUUGGCUGUAAUUAUACAAACGAUGAAAUGGUUCUAUUGAAAACAUUUUCCAGUUCNAAUAAGUUUUUCGAUGAUGUAAGUAAUUUAUUUAUAUACAAUCCGAAAAAGUUUUUACAAAAAAAUCAAUUGUACGAGACGAAAUGGGUUAAUCAAUAUAAAAAUGAUUACAAAGAGGAAAGAAUAAAAUACGGAGUUGGGCUUAAAAUGUGUAAUUUGUUCGCAACUCAUAUUCAAUGUUCACAGGCAAUAACUGCUUACAGGUUUGUGAGAACGAUAAUGGACAAUAUUAAACUUAUCAAAGGUAAUAAUGAUAAUAAAGAAAUAUUGGGCUAUGUAAAAACUGUGGGAUUGACAUAUUAUGGUAAUGUCACGGAAUUAAUGGACAUGAUGUACGUAUUGGGCUAUGUACCACCCAAAUAUAUGGUCUUGUCCUCUUUAUAUUCAAAGGAGGUGGCAGAUAAGGCUAAUUUAGUAUCUUUUAUGGCGAAGUUCUUUGACGAUAAUUUAAAUAAUAUGGGCAAUGUUGCAAUGGAUACUGCAAAGAAAUUCAUUAAACAAUGCGAUGCAAUACUGGAAGAUGGUAUCAUAGACAGACUAUCCACUGAACACGUCUACCCUAUUUCUGACUUUAAUAAAUAUCUAUAUACAAUUCAUCAAAAUUUAAAUAAUGCCAAACAAAAUUUAGUAAAAAUUAAAGAUUCCAACCGUUUUAACACCGAAAAUUGGAUUCUGAACGAACUGUUUACGAACAAAGAAUCCCUGAACAUGUUUUUCUGGACGCAGGCGACUUACCUCAACAUUGAUUGGAAUAAAUUACAAACAAAGCUCAUUAAUACGUACACGCUUACACAGAAAGCCGACUGUAAGCUGAACAUUUACAAUAACAGCAGAAGAGAAGACAGCCACCAAAAUAAGUUAAAACAGGUGUAUCGGACCGUGGUUAAUCGGUACAUAUUGAUCGUGGUCCUCGAUUGUAAUUACCUACACGACAAAGUAAUGGAAUCGAAAGAAAAAUUGGAAACAACUUGUAGAAGAAUCGAAACAGUUAUCAAUGGUGCGAUAAAUUUCCUCCAGGAGGACGUAUUUCUGACAGAGCUGCUGCCUGUCGUACAAAAGUUCAUCAAAGAAGGUAGCGUUCGUACAUGGGAUGUCUUUAACAUGAUUACUUUGGAAUUGAGCAGUUUGUCUACAAUAUUGGAAGUGGAGGCCGGCAAUGCGUAUAUACCGGAUGAAGUACUCACAGUUGAAAAUGGUUUCGAGAUGAUAAACGUACAUUUAGACGAGGCAAUAAAAUAUACUGAAACACUUAAAGGCUCGUUUGCGGAUCAAUUCUUCGACGUUAUCAACGUUAUACAGAGUUCUGUCAACAACGAAUGGAUGAUGUCCACCAAAACCAUAAAGAAAGAACGAACAGAGUUAUUGAUACCAAAUUUUGAGCAGGGAAAUAAACCUGCAUCCUGAGAACCACCACGUCCAGGAUUGGCGACAUUCACGAAAGGUUUGACAUGUCGAUUCGGUGGGUAAGAUUGUUUCAAAUUAUAAAGAAAAUAAUAUGCACAUAAAUUAUCAGCCUAAUUUGUAAGUAAAUAUAGUAAAUAUAUCAAGACUAAUAUCUGCCUCGGACCGAACACUGACCUUGUAAUAAUCAUUUAUUAAAAACAUUUUCCUCGUCUGUAUGGCCGAUAUCACACUGAAUACUGCCGCCUCAUACUUGCGUUACAAAAAAAGAGUUAUUUUACAUGUAGUAAAUUCAACAUGCAUAGUACGCUAACUUCCUUUCUGUCUUAGAACACUCAAUUUUCUAUAGUUUAUAAUUAGGACAUAAUUAGCAUGGAGUUUUUUGAACAUUUUCAAAAUUUGUACAAAACGUAAACUUGAAAAUAUUUGGAACGUAAUAAUAAUGUAUUUGUACGCAACUCUUUUAUCGAGAAAAUCAAUUUUUUUAAAAUAUGUACUUAAUUUAUAGGAAAAUGGAGUUAUUGUUCUCAAGUUUAUUAUAUCGUAGAUUAGAUAUAUUGUUAAAAAUUAAUAAAUGUAAAAUAAUAUAAUAUUCUAAACUAUACAUUUUUUUCUUUUUGUAAACAUUCGCACUUAUGGCACCGAUGUACUAUAUCGUCAGAUUAUUUAGUAAUAGUUUUGUAUCUAAAAAAUACGAUUUUAUGUUAUUUUUGAAUCAAAUAAAUGAUAAAGCAUCGUUUUAAACCACGGUAACUCACAAAUAAUAAUUUAUUCUGCAAUGAAAGUAUUGAAGAACAUGAAGACCAUGUAUUAGGAUAAAUAUAAUGAAUAAAAUGUUAUUCACUUUUCUUGAAAAUCGGCCAUUUUAAAGUUAUAACUUUUAUGAUUUAGUUNGUACUGUAUCUUUCCAGUUCGCAAUAUCCAUCCUCACUAAGUCUUCCUCUAAUCAAUCGAGCAAUCUCUUUUUUAAUCUGCCUCGUGGUGUCUUCUCUUAAAGUACGUAUUGAAGAGUAGCUCGUAAUGGCCUCCUUUCUUUUCGACCAGGAGCGGAUUGGGAAAAUAUUUUGGUGCUGAAAAAUAGUAAAGAAACUUACGCGAGAGGUUGUUGUAAAUGAUGUUGAGUUACAACCAUAACAUUUUUAAGUUUCUAACACAACAUUUUUAAACUAUCAUAAAAUAACUAAUUUAUUAUGAGUAAUGUAGACUGGGGUAUAAUGGCGCACUUUUAACAGCUGUUAUGUGAUUGUAUAGGUUCACGUUUUCGACAUCUUGUUAUGUUGUUAUCCUAUUAUACAAAUAACGUUAAUUGUAAUUUUCGAGUCAAAAGUUAAUUUUACCAAAGUAAAUGUCGAAAAUUCUAAGCAAUUAGAAAUAAUUAUAAUGAAUGCGUCCUUUUACCCUAUGAUUAGAGUAAAAAGGCGCAUGCUAAAUUAAUUCACAGAAAUCUAUUUUAUCUAAAGAUUAUUCAAAUAACAUGUAAUUUGGUUAUCAUUUUAUUCGGUAUUAAUCAAUAAAUAAAGAAAAAAAACUAACUGUAAAAUAAACAACUAGUAACUAUAUUCAACAUCUUGUUAUAAAAAUUAUAAUCAAAUCAGUACAAUUAAUACUUCAUCUCAUAUUGAUGUCAAAUCUUCAUCAAAUGUCGAAGAAAAUGUUUUGUCACGUUUGGCUAUGAUAGCAAAAUCAUAAUAACGAAACAGUUUCACUAGAUGGCGAAUAUUUAAUUAUUUAUACACAUUAGUUCAUUUUGUCCCAUAUAUAUUUUAGUAAAAGUGGCAAUAUUUUAAUAUAUUUCAUUUUCUUUCCCAUAAAUUAGGUCCACUCUUAAUUUUAUAUGGUAGAAAAGUUAUUUACAGGAAAAAAUUUUAAUAUCAUUGUAAAACCACAAGCUUUUUCGGUCCACUCGGAAUCUAAAAAUGUAUACUGCUUCUGUGUUCGAUCUGAAACGAAUAGUUAUUAGAGGUGAUUGUAGUAUUUUUACUUUUGAGUCGAAUUGAUAAUUUAUAUAUUUAUUACAAUUAUUAAAUUAAUCAAAAAUAUGUAUCUUCGUCAUAAGUGUUUUAAUUACAUUAUUAAAUAGAUAUUAUAAAUACAUGCAUUUGAAAAUAUAAAUAUCCAAUUGUAUUUUUUUAUUAUAUAUCUUAUGUUUAAUGACCUUUAUAAUUUGAUAACGUACUACAAGCGUGCUGGAGUAUCAUAACAAUGAUUCUUAAAAAUACCGUGAAGAAAUAUAUUAAAAGGCCAACAUACUUCUCACGAUGGCUGCAGCCACCGUUGUUGGCGAGAAGUCAAAUAGGUAGGAUACAGAAGGGAAUUGAAUGUAUAUCUGUAAGCAAUUAUAAACCAUUUCUAACGAAAAAACGAUUCUGAGCGGUGUUUAGUUGAUAGUGAUACUUUUUCAAUAAUAUAAUAAGAAUCAUAUAAUGGUAAAAUAAUUAAAUAGGGAUUAUAUAUUUUCUUUAAUAAUUUUUGUUUAAAAUUGUACUUAUUCCCGUUUUUCCCCGGUUUUUUAUAUUUGUUGGAAGAAUUAUUGCUAAAAUCGAAAAAUGACAUCCUUAAAGUACAUUCCCAGUAAGAUUUGCUUUUGGGAAAAUUGGGUAUCAUUGCAAAUCGGCAGAAAAAGUGUUCACAUAAAAAAAAAAAUAAUAAUCUAUAUAAACCAAUUAAUUUUUCUCUACACCCUAAAAAACGUAUUCCUCACAUUAUUAGGUGGGAAUCAAUUUUUGAUUAUGUAACAAUCAAAAAUUAAACGAAUUGUGAAUAUUUGUUAUAUUCCAACUCUCAUUAUAGAAUUUAUGAAGAUGAAUUAUAAUUUUAAAAAUUCAAUUGCCCUGUUUCCUGUCAAAAAUUUACACCUUCCAAAGAAAUAAAAAUAUUCGAAAUCUGAUCACAUUAUAUAUAAUCAGUAGUUUUCUGUAAUAUUUUUCUUAUCAUUUUGUGCAGAAAAAAAAAAAAUAAAAAUCACAGGACUUUUGUCACAUUUUUAGUGAAAUUUUUUAGAUAUUUUUAUUGCAAUAAUGUGAUCACUAACUUUUUUCACCUUUUGAAUGCAAUUAAAGUUGAUCGCUAUUGAUAAACAUGAUUCAAGACAUCGUAAAUAUUGCAGUUAUUUCGUAAUUGUUUUAGAAAAAUAUAAUAAAUGCAAUAUAAAUACAUAAAUGAGAGGCUUGGACCAACAUUUAGAUAAAUUCUUUUUUUUUCGAAAAUUCAAUUAAUAAAAUAACGUACAUUUAGGUGCAACAACCAGUUAAAUCCGAUAAAUAUUUUUAAUUAUACAAAGGAAUUUAAUUUAGCUUGUCUUUAUUUUUGAUGCAAUAACCAGAUGAAUCCAGAUUAUAUUAGUGAGGAUUUGAAACAGGAAGGGCAUUAUAAAGUCUAUUUUAUGCGUAUUAAAUAUAACUAGAAAAUGUAUGAUGACUUGGAGAACAAAUUAGUACCAUUAAAGUCGAAAACGACAGUCCAAUGUGAAUAUGUUUUGCAUACAGUCUAAAUAAAAAUGUAUGCUAUUUUAUCAAUAUUAUUUGAUUUGAUUUAAUUUAUUUAACAUAUAUUAUGAUUAUUGUUUUUUUUUUUUUUUGCAAGUUAUAUAACUUAUUUUAUUACUACUACACGAUAAGCUUUUUUAAACAAAAAUUGUGUGUAAACAAUCUCUACAAACGAAAAUAAUAAAGUUACAAAACAAUACAAACGAGUAGUUAAAAGGUUGUUUAAAAAUAUCCAAAGGGUGGGGGAGAGGUGGUCAGAGAAAUGUACCUCAAAAUAAUAGUAUUGAAUAAGAAAAAUAUCUCUAACUGUCUAAAAUAAAUCAUUAUCAGAUUUACAAUGCCAUUAUAACAUAGUACAAGUACAGUAUGAGUGUAUGGGCCGGGAGCUAGACUUAAAAGACUUAAAUAUUUCGCGUAGCCCGGACACCAGAUUCUUCGCGCGCUUUCCCCACCGUCCAAGAUCGUGUAUUUGUGUGUGUGCGUGUAACUUAAUAUUAGGAAAAAUAGUACAAAGUGGUUACAAAAAUAUUGGUAAUUACGCUCUUUUUAUUAAUAAUAAUUUAAUAAUUUAGAAUAAUAAAUAGUAAAAAAUUCACACAUCUAAUAGAAUAGUUAGUUAGUGGGUAAUAGACCGUUAUGAAAAUAAAUUGAUAAAUUGUAUAAUAUGAUAUAACACAAAAAUAUAUAUACAACAGUGUAAUAUAACAAGAAACAAUAAUAAAUAAUAAAUAAUAAAUAAUUUACUCACGGACAAUGAAGUGCAGACUGGCCAGCCGCCGACUAAACCUAUAUUUACCUAAUAUUAACGGAAAAACAACUCACAGAUUAUAAUUUACAAUAUAACAUACUACAUAAGACGACAAAAUGGUAACGCUAAUGGUAAUUGACGGUGUGUCGCUAAUGUUACGGACGAGACGUUUCCGAAUUAAUACGGUUGUUAGACGUAGGCACGUAUUAUUUGCUACGGAUUGCUGUGAUGCCUAUCGAAGCCCUUGUCCUAGGAGCCUAGAGUCCGUCGGAGCCACUGUUCGAUAUGGCACGCAAAAACAACAAAAACUUUUUACCGAAACGUAAAAUUCGCGAACCGUGUGUGUGUCGAACGGGCAGCCAGAACAGUACGAUAUGAGCAAAAGUUGCGUAUUAUUCACAUAAUUACACAAAAAGAUAAGACAUAAAAAUAAUAAUAACACAAUUACAGAACAUAAACUUACUAAAAUUAUACAUAUACGUGGUAGUGCGUGUGCGCGUGACUGGCAGAUAAUUGCCAAUUAAUAGCGGCCUUGACCGUCAAAACCGGCCCGCACAUUCUAAUUAAAAUCCAUCGUGGCGGCGACANAUGAUAUCAACUAGAUAAUUUAUCUUAUAACUUAAUAAUAAAAACAUGACAAACAUAUUAUUUAAAGCGUAUACGGCGAUUUUUUUUGUUGCAUAUAAAUCUAUCACCUCUUUGAUAUACUCCAUGGGUGGAUCUUCAUCGCCUUCUAUACUAAUUUUCAUACAAUAUUGAAGAGUAUCUUGCUCCAUUCGGUUGCGAAGUUUCGUCAUAAUUCUAUUCAUUGCACUAAACCUUUCCACUGUGGCUGUUGCAAUUGGAACACAGCAAAUGGAUUUUGCUAAUUUUUUUAGGUGUUCAUAACCAAUAUUAGCUUCAAGGAGGUUAGUUAUUGGACAUUUUUGGGUUUCUACAUUCCGUAAAGCUACAAAUAUAAACGACUUAUAAUCUGAUAAAACUCCAUCUUUUUCGUUUUCAUUUAAGGAGAAGCAAUUACACAACUGUUCUAUUAUUUUUAUUGACGAAUUUGAAAAUGACCUGUAAUUUUCAAAUAUUGAGCAUCCUUCAAUAAGUGUUAAAGCAGUAUCAUUGAAUCGACGAUUCAUUUCUUUUAUGGUUUGUUCUAAAAAAUUUGAAAGACAAGAUAAAGUUUCUUUGAAACAAUCUUUUUUUCUUGAUGAAUUAAGUUGAUUUGAAAUAUCUGUAGCAUUUUUAAUAAUACUACUUUUGUUCACAACAUCUUGUUUCAAACUUUCUAAAAUAUUAUUUAAAUGCCAUGCAGUACUUUUAAUUAAUGCAGGUGAACUUGAAAUAACAAUUUUAGGACCUUGCAAUGUUAAGCUUAAAUUUUAGAUUGCGCCUAAUAUUUCAUCCAAUCCACACAAAAGUAUUAUAAAACUUUCUUCACGGAGACUUAGUAAAAUUCCACCUGCUAAAGACGCUAAAUCCGCCCCGUCUUGAUGAGUGUGUUCACAAGUAGUAACUAUAGCAAUGUAGGACUGUUUAAUUGCAUGAACUAUUUUAUAAUGACUUAAUAAUCGAAUUUCCAUUGCCUCAGGUAUUUUUAAUAUUGGAUGAUUCAAUAUAACUUGUACUUUUUGAAGCAUUUCUUCUCGUUUUGGAGAUUGAUGAAAUAGUUUAUAAAUAUCUUUUAAAACAUGAAAUACGCGUUUAAUUUUAGGAAACUUGUUGCGCAUACUAGUUAAUGCAAGUGCUAAUAUAUGGGCUCGACCAUGUAAAUAAGGUAUUUCCCUUCCUGUUUUUUCAGAAAUAAAUCUACGAACUCCGCCUUUACUUCCAGACAUGUUUGACGCCACAUCAAAACCACAAGCAAUAAUAUUAUUAUAUGAUAAAUUGUGCUUAAUUAACUCGUUGCUUAUCGCCUCUACGAUUGUUUGAGCUUCGGUAUCGGAUAGAACAACAAUAUUAAGAAAUCUCUCAAUUGGUUGGUUAUUAAUAACAAAACGAACACAUAUAGAUAAUUCAGAUUUAUUAUUUAUAUUUGUACUUUCAUCGGCCAAUUAAGAAAAUUUUUUACUGUGAAUUUCCUUGUCUAACUAAGCAUCUAAAAUUUCUGAAGCGCAACAUAAAAGCUCACUAGCUGUAGAUUUACUCAUAUAUGUUGAACGAUCAUUAUUUGCAUCGAUCAAAUUUUGAAGUGAACCGCUACUUUUCAUAAGUAAUCGUUUAAUUAAUGGCUCAUAUUUAGUUGUAUGAGCAAUCUUUUUUUUCACCAAAAAAUAAACAGAUCGAAAAAGAUGUGAAUUUGUUCUAUAAAUUUUACAUUCUUCAAAAAUUUGACUUACAAUUUGAUUAUAAACAGGGUUUUUUAAAGCUACCAAAGCAAGUUUUUCUAAUACUAUAGAUAUGUGAUACAGAAUAUGUGUGUUUAUUUAAUUUACCAUAUUUUCCUAAUGCUUUUUUAUAGUUUAUGAAUGGUGUAUUAACAAAUUUCCUCCUGAGCUUGCAAAUACCGCUGAACUGUUAAAUAAAUUUUUUUCAUAUAAUUUACAAAAAGCACCGUUACGUUGUUUAUCAAAAUAAAGCCAAGGAUAAUCUAUUUCCCAUUUAGUUUUAUAGAAUCGUUUUUCAUUACCUUUUAUUGAUAAACUAGCCGAUGUAACGGCUUGAUUUACGAAUGUAGAUUCUGUAGAUUCUAUAGUUUUGGUUUUUUGGAUGGUAAAAAAAAAUCUUAUAUUGAUCGUUUCGACAUUUUAAAAUAAUAAUUUAAUAAAUUACGAAAUGACUAAAAUACUAAAAUACAAAGAAUUAUAGUAUAGGUAACUAGUAUUCAAUAAUAUAUUACUUAAGCUAUGUUAAUAAUAGUGCAUUCGUGAUUUUUCAGCUGUACAGCGUUGACUAAUCGAUAGUGAACAACUGUCUAGAAUGUAGACAAAUAAUCAAAGAAAAUAAUAAGUAAUAAUAAACGUAGACGGUCACCUAAUAAUCAUUAUCAAUAUAUGGUAUUUCCAAUCAUAUCACAUGAUAAUAUACUUGACCGUCCAUGUAAACAUUUAUUAAACCAGUCAAAUUUUUUUAUUAUUUAAUAUUUCAAUCAAUAAAAUUGUAUUUAUAACCACAUUUAACAGGGGGGCUAAAAUUUCUCCAGGAGGGGCGGUCACCCCCCCUGGAGUUUACCUGGAUUCAACACUAAGUAUGAGGGGGACAGGCUCUCCCAAUAAUUUGACAUGGUUGGAAUUUGUUCUUUUAUUGUACAUUUUUGGCUUUUAUACUCUGUUCUUUUUACUCGUAAUAAGAUUGUCCUGUGCUUGGAUUUGAAAACAUUAUUUAUGCCUACGGACUCAACAGAAGUUCGAAUUAGUUGUAUUUCAUAAUCGUACAAUAUUAUUAUGUUUAAAACAUGUUUAAAACAGGGGGUACAAGGAAAAAACCUCUACGUGGUGUACCCCAGGCAACGUCUAUAACGGCUAAUUUUUCCAAAUCCAGGCUCAUAUGAUCUCUACAAAACAAGAUAAAAAACGGCCCUUCUCAGGGCCAGCACUGACGAUCGCCUCAUGUAACAUUGAGGGUAUAAACUCAAAUAAGGAAGAACUGCUUGCUGACUUAUGUAAAGAAUAUUCAUGUGACGUGUUAUGUGUGCAAGAAACACAUAGGAGUGAAAAUAUGAAUAAUCCAAGAAUCAAUGGGAUGAAGCUCGUUGCAAUACGCCCACACAGGAAGUAUGGAAGCGCUAUAUUUGUUCGUUCCUCAAUUGAUGUAACGACAAGCCAAAUAACAGAGAUAGACGACAUUGAGAUUCUCACUAUANAUAGUAAAAUAUGGGAAUUAUAGACUAACACGCGAUUUUCAAUGUCGGAUAUUGUUUACUAUUUUAAUUUAAGAAAACAGUAACAUUAUAAAAAUAAAACAAAACCCAUCAAAUACUUAUUCGAGUAAUUUUUUCUAAUUUCGGAGCGGUUCGAAUGCGCGAGUGCUUAAAUCAUCAGCCAAUUUAACUUUAACUAUUCCGGGGUCAGUUAAACAUGAAAAUUAAUAAAUAAUAGUUUAUUACUUCAUCAUUAAAAACGGAAAAAAAAUUGAUCUGUAAAUUUUAGUAAAUAUCUAACAAAUAAUUUAUGUGGUCGAUACUCAAAAAAGUUAUUAUAAAAUUAAUGUGUAUCAAAUAUAUAUAAAAAUAUUUUUCUAGUCAACAAUUAUUAAUCAUUUGAUAUAAUAUAUCAUAAUAUAUUUUGUUUUUUUUAUAAAUACAGAGUGAUACAUUUAAAUAUACUCGAUAUCACGGAAUGUACUUACUUUAUUCAAUUUUUUUUUUUUUUUGAAGCAACAAGUUGCUUCUUUAAUUUUAAAUUAAUGUUAAUUUUUUAACCCUAAUUUUUAGAAAUGAAACGACUACCUACUUUUGAUUUUACCCCCCCCCCCCCAAAAAGUGACAAAAAAUAACAUGAAUGUAAAAUUCUAGAACUGCUUAUUUCUUAAAUCGGCGGGCCGGAUAAGUGGCGACGUUGGAUCUGCGGAUGACGUGGCGGUUUUCGUGGAUGGAUCGGCGGCGGUAGAGAAGGACGAGGAGAGGGCGGCCUCGCGUCUCCACCACGUCAAGUCUCGGCGAUCCAAGGCGGUUGUAUCUUCACGUGUAGCAGAACCGGGUCGUAUGUGAGGUCUGCAGGCACGUCGUGUUGCUGAUGUCUCCGUCCCGUUUGCAGUCGACGAGCGUCGCGGUGCUUCAGUUCCACGACCGCGGUCGCCGUCGCCAUCGGGUGAACGACCCGUGUAGAUCUUCAGCAUCCGACCGUUGCACUUGACAGCCAGCGCGACCAGUACGCCCUGCAGUGAGUGGCCUACGUUGUACGCGAUCUAUGCGACCGAGUGGACGGCCGGCAAACUGUUCCGAGCCACGUACCCGAACGCGUUGACCGCGCUCAGCAGCGCGUGCGAUCUUCAUGUAAAGGUGCAGUUGCAGCACGCGUUUCCGGUGCAUCACCAGCCGGGUCUUUUUGUUUAAUUUUUAUUUAAUAAAUUAUAAAAACGAAGUAAAAUAAUUGGAAGUAAAUAAUUCAUUUUUUUUAUCUGUGAACAACUUAUAAACUUGCAAUUUUGCUCCGAUUUUCAAUUGUAGCACUUUUUCUAAAAGAAAAUCUAACUGUGGUGGUACUUUACGAGGCCAUUUUUUGAGUUUCCCAGCAGUUUUCCCAAUAAAUGGGAAAAAUCGAGAAAAAACGAGAAAAUAUAUGAAAUGUAUUAGUAAAUAAUAUAGCCUUUGGCUUCGACGUAAAGUAUUUAACCAAUUCAAAUAAUUAAAAAAAUAAGUUUGUUUUGUAAUAAUAAUAAUAAUCAUUAAUCACCUUAGUCGUUAUCGAAUUAGGUUUGGUAUUUUUAAGGGUGAGCGUUGUGCAGGUAAUUUUAAAUUUUUAUGAAUAGCAGGGUGUCAAGGGACAAAAGGGAUUAACAGUUCAUCCUAAAGAUUGACGGUUAUUCCAAAAUAUUUCGAGACAGGUUAACCGUAUUAUUAAAUUCAAAUUUAACUAUGUAAAACUCUUAAUAAAAGAACUUCCUACCCGGGAUGAAAGAAAGUUAAGAAACCAAUCUUAUCUGAUUCCCAGAAUAACGAAAACAUAUUAUAAUUACCACAAAUAAUAAAUGUACAAUUUGGAAUGGGGAAUCUAUAGACUUAAUAGCUGAUGGGUGAUUUAAAUAAACCUGUAAAUCGCUAUUAGGUAUAUUAAACACAGCACAAAAAAUCAUUACAAGAUCGAAACUUGAUAUUUAAAGUAUUUAAAGUAUACCUACGUUAAGUAGAACGGAAUUAAAAGGAUUUUUAAUGGCGAUAUGGACACUACCACCACGACAAAGAAAACUAGUUAAUUCGUUUUUAAUACAUCGAAGUAUAUUAUACUGAGUAAAACUUAAUUCACAAUCAAAAUAAGUAUUAUUUAACCAUGUCUCUGUACUAAGGACCACAAAAUCAAAUGCAAAAUAUGGUAAUGCACAUUUCAAUAAAUUCAAUUUCGUUCGUAGACGAUGAACAUUUUGGUUAUUUUGCUCGAUCUAGGAUAUUUUAAUAGCCAUCGAACAAUAUACACGAUUGAGCAAAUUUCUCAUACACUAUUCAUAUAUAUAUAUAUAUAUAUAGUAAUUUACACGGCUGCGCAAGAUUUUAAAUGCAACGUUAACAUAACUUAUUAGUUAUACGUGUUAACAUAUUAGUUAAACGACCUCAGUGUAAGACAUAACAACAGUCAACGGAAUGAAUGAUAAUUUUUACAUAUUUUAAGACGACUAUGGUUAUGAACAUUGAUAAUAAUUUUUUUUUACAGUUAAUAAUUUUUUAUCAUUAUUUCAAGUACUUAAUUUGAAAUUAAUAGUAUAGAAAUUAAGAGAACUAUUUUUGAGUAUUAUUACUAAUAACAAAAAUAAAAAAUAAAAGAAACGAUUAUAAUAGAUGUAUAUUAAAAGUUAUUUUAAAACAAUAGUUUUCGUUAGUUUGUUAGUAAAAUUCAGUAUUAAAUAUAUAUAUAUAUAUUAGCUAUACAAUUAUAAAAAAAAAUUAUAACGAUUUUCCCUGAUAUCUGUUGCCAGUUAGUGACAAAUAAUGGAGUAAAUUGUUUUUGGAUGCACACAAUUUAUAUCUAUUAUGUGCCCUUAUAGUUGCUUCAAUGAGUGUUGUAUUUGUAAAAGUCACCUUUUUUACUUCGUCAUUAGAAACUGUGUUUUUUUUACUUCUGUUUCAGACUGCGUUUCUAAUAAAACAGUUAAUACUAAAUCAAUCGUUUAAAGAUUUCACACAAAACGGGAUUUGUAAUAUAUUAUGAUGUUUUAGUAAUAUCUAAAUGUAAAUAUUUAUUUAUACAUGGCAACGUUUCAUUUAAAAUCAUGCGCAAUCGUAUAUAUCUACGAAAAAUUUGUGUAUGUAUUUCGAUAGCUAUGAAAAUAUACACGAUUAAGCAAAUAUUAUUCAAUCGUUCUUCACCAAUAAUUUAAUGUAUACCUGUAAGCGAUAAACCAUUGCAACGAAAAAACAAUUCUGAGGAGAGUUCGGUUAAUAGUAUUGCACUGUCAAUUGAUAAUGACGCUUUUUCAACAAUAUAAUGUCAUAUUAUAGUAAAAUAAUUAAAUAGGCUUUAUAUAUUUUCUUUAAUAUUAUUUGUUUAAAGUUUGUCCGAUUUCCCAUUUUUCCUAUGUUUUUUCCCAGUAUUUCACAUUUGUUGAGAAAACUCUUGAGAAAAUCAAAAAUGACCUCUCUAAAAUAGUAAAGUACCUCUACAGUAAAAUUUCCUUUUAGAAAAUUGCAGUUAUUAACAGUUAGAGCAAAAUUGCUAGUAGAAAAAAUGUCCACAGGAAAAAAAAAUAAAAACCUUUUUAAAACCUUCUACGCUUUUACGCUCCACUCAAAUGUUAAUACUCUGAUACAUGAAAAAUUAAUUAUUAAAAACUUUUUAAUCGUAUAAAUACCAAAAAUAUAAAGGAUACCAUAAAUAAAAAAAUGUACUACUUCUUUUUUUAUAGAAUGGGAAGGGGCCCUCAUAAUCUAAGGGCCCUGCGCUCGUGCACCAUGUGCACAUGCGUAAAUCAGGGUCUGCAUUGAACCCAUACGAUGCCCUUUUCCCUAGCCUCGGGUCUGUUGUUGAAUUCAGUAUAAACACUAUAAAUAUCCUUUAGACGUAUAUUAGAUCAACGUUUUAGAAUAAUAUCUAACAGGAAUUAGCCAUUUUGGAAAAAAAGGAGAACAUUUUUUUUAUUUAUUACAUAGAUGCCCUAGCAAAAUGUAUAAAAAUGAUGACCCUAUUUUUGAAGUUGUAACACAAUGUGCAUGUACUAAUUCGUCGGAUAUAAAUUAUGAUUUAUGACUUGCGAAUACUAACAAUGCCAUACUAGGUAUAAUAACAAAACGAAUAAAGUGUGUUGGUUUUUAAAAGUUAAUAUUGGUUUUAGAAAAUGACAUAAGUAUAAGGAUCAUAUACGAAGUAAUAUUAAAACGAGAUUCAAAAGAUUUAUCAAUUUAUAAACCAUUAAAUUAUUAUAAAAUAUAUAUAAAUUAAAUUUACUUAAUUUCUUAUAUAAAAAUUAGUCGCACAAUGCUAUUUUGUAAAAUUUUUCUAAGUAUUUAUUUUUGCAUUUCGUUCACGUUUGGCUGUAAUUAUAUAAACGAUGAAAUGGUUCUAUUGAAAACAUUUUCCAGUUCCAAUAAGUUUUUCGAUGAUGUAAGUAAUUUAUUUAUAUACAAUCCGAAAAAGUUUUUACAAAAAAAUCAAUUGUACGAGACGAAAUGGGUUAAUCAAUAUAAAAAUGAUUACAAAGAGGAUAGAAUAAAAUACGGAGUUGGGCUUAUAAUGUGCAAUUUGUUCGCAACUUAUGUACAAUGUUCACAGGCAAUAACUGCUUACAGGUUUGUGAGAAUGAUAAUGGACAAUAUUAAAUUUAUCAAAGAUAAUAAUGAUAAUAAAGAAAUAGUGGGCUAUGUGAAAAGUGUGGGAUUGACAUAUUAUGGUAACGUCACGGAAUUAAUGGACAUGAUGUACGUAUUGGGCUAUGUACCACCCAAAUAUAUGGUCUUGUCCUCUUUAUAUUCAAAUGAGGUGGCAGACAAGGCUCUUUUAGGACCCAUGAUGGUGAAGUUCAUUGACGAUCAUUUAUAUAAUAUGGGCAAUGUUGCAAUGGAAACUGCAAAGAAAUUCAUUAAACAAUGCGAUGUAAAACUAGAAGAUAAUAUCAUGGACAGACUAUCCACUGAAAACGUCUACCCUAUUUUUGACUUUAAUAAUUAUCUAUAUACAAUUCAUCAAAAUUUAAAUAAUGCCAAACAAAAUUUAGUAAAAAUUAAAGAUUCUAACCGUUUUAACACCGAAAAUUGGAUUCUGAACGAACUGUUUACGAACAAAGAAUCCCUGAACAUGUUUUUCUGGACGCAGGCGACUUACCUCAACAUUGAUUGGAAUAAAUUACAAACAAAGCUCAUUAAUACGUACACGCUUACACAGAAUGCCGACUGUAAGCUGAACAUUUACAAUAACAGCAGAAGAGAAGACAGCCACCAAAAUAAGUUAAAACAGGUGUAUCGGACCGUGGUUAAUCGGUACAUAUUGAUCGUGGUCCUCGACUGUGAUUAUCUGUACAACAAAAUCAAGGUUACGAAAGAAAAAUUUAGAAGAACAUGUACAAAAAUCGAAAUAUUUAUCAAUGGUGCGAUAAAUUUCCUCCAGGAGGACGUAUUUCUGACGGAGCUGCUGCCCUUCGUACAAAAGUUCAUCAAAGAAGGUAGCGUUGGUGCGUGGGAUGUCUUUAACAUGGUUAUUUCGGAAUUGACCAGUUUGUCUACAAUAUUGGAAGUGGAGGCCGGCAAUGCGUAUACACCGGAUGAAUUACUCACGAUUGAAAAUGGUGUCGAGAUAACAAACGUACAUUUAGACGAGGCAAUAAAAUAUACUGAAACACUUAAAGGCUCGUUUGCAGAUCAAUUCUUUGACGUUAUCAACGUUAUACAGAGUUCUGUCAACAACGAAUGGAUUAUGUCCACCAAAACCAUUGAAAAAGAACGAACAGAGUUAUUGAUACCAAAUUUUGAGCAGGAAAAAAAACUUUUAUCCGCAGAACCGCCAUCUGCAGGAUUAACGAGGUCAUUCUCGAAAAGUUUGUCAAGUCUUUUCGGUAGAUAAGAUUGUUACAUAUUAUGAAGAAAAUAAUAUGUACAUAAAUUAUCAGCCUAAUUCGUAAGUAAAUAUAUUAAAUAUAUCAACACUAAUAUCAGUUUCGAACCUGGUAUUAACCUUGUAUUAAUUAUAUUUUUAAAAAAAUUGUCCUCUUCUGUAUGGCCGGUUCCACAUCAAAUACCGUCGCUUAUACUUGCGGUAUAAGAAAAGAAAUAUUUUGGAGGUAGUAAAUUCAAUAUGUAAAUACGCUAGCCUUCCUUUUAUCUUAGAACACUCUUUUUUUUUUAUAAUAUAUUAUAUGUAAGUAUUUGGAAUAGGAUUAUAUAAUCAUUAACAAAAUUUGUAAUUACUUAAACAAUGUUUAAACAUGCAAAUAGUUAGUACGUAAUAAAAAUAAAUUUGUACGCAAUUCUUUCAUUGGGAAGAACAGUCUUUUAAAUCUCUAUUUAAUUUAUAGGGAAUUGGAAUCAUUUUGGUGUAUUUUGCUCACCAGUUCCAAGUAAAUCAUUUUUCAAAUAUCGUAAUGCUAUUUCAAACUAUAAUUAAUACAGCUAUUUUUAGGGCCACGAAUAUCUUAAAAUUAGCUUAAAAUAGCUUAAAAAAUAUCUAAUUGUAUCUUUUUUAUUAUCGAAGCAUAAUUUUUCCAACUACACAAUACUGUUUCUUUACUACGAAUAAAAUGUGUUUUUGAACUUUUUCGUUUUAGGAUACUAAUGCUUAAUCGUAAUAUUGUUCGUUUUGGAGUUGUUUCUCAGUAGUAAGCUUUACUAGAAAAUCAUAAUAAUAGAAUUGAUUGGUAAUAAGAAUAUGGCCGAUUUUUAAAGCUAUUAUUCUUUGCAAUAUUUCCAUUGAAAGAAGCGUGGAAUGUAUUGGUUUUACGAUGAUGUAUUAUUUUUCAAAUUUUUUUUUAUACUUUGUGUACAUUAACUAUCACAAAUCAUGCUCCAAUGUUUUAAGCGCAGCACUUUUCCCGAAAGGAAAUUUUAUCUAGUUGGUUUUUUACGGAGGUCAUUUUUUGAUUUUCCAAGUGGUUUUCAUAAUUAUUGGGAAAGUUUUGGAAUAAACAUAGGUAAUUAAGGGCAAAUGUACAAAAGUAACGGUUUUUACCCGAAAUCAAAAAAUGUGGUUCUCAAUUCGACUGUAUGUAUAUUUUUUGUUUGUUUUGCCUAUCGGGCGAAUUAUGUCUACCCUUUUUUUAGAUUUUCUUUUAUAUGGGAUUUUGAUGUGUUUUGUUUGCGAACAUUACCUUUUACAUAUUUAAAGACUUAGGACUUAAAGUUAAUAAAAUCUGUUAUGUUUUAAGAUUUUUCGUUUUUUUUUUUUUUUUUAACAAAUAAGUUCUAUGUUAUAAAUGUAAAAUGAUAUAAUAUUUUAAACUUUAUAUUCUUUUAUUUUUUAAAUAUUCUAAAUAGAAAUUAUUAAUAAAUAGUCAAUUUACAAAGAACAUUUUUAAACAUUUAUAUGUAUUUAAUACGUAUAUGUAUGAUUAAUUGGAAUUAUUAUACUAUAAUACUCGUAAUCGAGCGUCGGCCUGUCUGCUUGAAAUGGGACAAACAACAAAAAUAAUCCGGAACACGAUUAUAAUACAGGAAGUCUCAUGUGAUGAGUGCAUACCUACACACAGCAAAUAUUAUACAGGUAUUAAUUUACAAAUUAAAAAUUAAUUCAAUUAUAAGGCUAUAAUUAAUGUCAUAUUGUCAUUGUACGAUAUUGUUAAAAUUGGCCGAGGUAUCAUUACCAAUGUAGUGAUAACUUAACCUUUAACAGGGCUGGCACUGUACAUCUAGCUGUUUUGUACUAUAUCGUCAGAAUAAUGAUUUGUCAAAAACAUUUAAUAUGUCAUAUUAAAAUGGUAAAAUAAUUAAAUAGGCAUUAUAUAUUUUCUUUAAUAAUAUUUGUUUAAUAUUGUACCGAUUUUCCUGUUUUACUACAUUUUUCCCGGUAUUCCCAUGUUUUGUACCAUAUAGGUUUUAUACAUAUACAAGCAUAUAAUUGUUUUCAGUUAACAAAAUUACAUUUCAUAUUUUCUACUAGAAUAUAUGAUAAUCGCAUUAUAACAAUACAAAAUAAUCGCAUAAAAUAAUAGUUAAUUUUCUUGUAACUCAACUAUUAUUCAUUGUGUUUCAUAAAUUGACAUCUUUCGAUAACUUUGUAUAUUAUAGUGCUAAGAUCAUUGGAGGUUGCACAAAUUACAAAUUCUUGAUUAUAUUUUAAAACAAAAUUAAUUUGAGAAUUAUAUGGCGAAAUGGGACAGUGGGCGAAACGGGAUUAUAUUGGUGAUGAAAUAAAAUGGCGAAAAAAUAGGAAAUAAUCUUUGAAAAUGAUAUAGGGGUUAAUAGAACUUCGUGGUUAUGUAUACAAUUAAUCGACAAGUCAUACCGAAUGUUACGAAAACUGGAUAUUAGUGCCGUACCUAGCAUAAUCAGAGCUCGGUGCGAUGAUAUCCCCAAAUAAAAAUAGAACUUAACAUCUGAUAGUAUUUUUUUUCUUGUUAAUCUAAUUUUUCAGUAAUAUUACUUAGAUUAUAAAAAGGCUUUGGCGCCCCGGUGGUCAUGGUGCAUACACAUCUUUCGUAUCGCCCCCCCCCCCAUACAGUGGAUAAUGUAUAUUCGUGCAGAAUGUGGGCACCCGUUUUAACAAGAAUGUUCGUGGUGAUAAACCGUUUCGGCAACGUUUUGCGUGGGCGUGCGUUUGACAUGGAACCGGCUUAACAUAAGAAAAAAUGAUAAAUGUAUAUUGUGCCGGUGCCUGACCGGAAACUAACAGGUAUCAUAGGUGAUAUUCGUAAUAGUUUUAUUUUCGAGUCAGACUGAUAAUUUAUAUAAAUAUUAACAUUAUUAAAUUAAUUAAAAAUAAAUGUCUUCGUUAUAAAUGUUUAAAUUACGUUAUUAUAUAAAUAUUAUAAAUACAUACGUUUGAAAAUAUAAAUAUCCAA